AUGAUUGGUCAAAAACUGCAUUGUGGCGGUGCGAUAAUAACAGAUCUACAUAUUCUUACCGCUGGACACUGCAUCACUUUUGGUGUCCAUUUCCGUGAUAUAACGGUCGACGUAGGAAUGCAUGAUCGACUGGACGCGUCGCAUACCGUAUUUCAAGUGGUGAACGGUGUAAAACAUCCUAGUUUCACGUCCAACGCAGUUCGAGACAUUAAUGAUAUCGCCAUCUUGACACUAGACAAUCGAUUAAAAUUCUCCGAUAAGGUGCGACCAAUUUGCUUACCAAGUGAAGAUAUGAAUUUCAACGACUUAGCACUAACUGUGGCUGGAUGGGGAAAAACAAGACAGGGAGCUCUGACAUCUUCACGUUACUUGCAAGAAACCAAAGUCGAGAUAGUCGACCCUGAACAGUGUACUAAGUCUUCUAUUUACAAAGAUAAUCUUGUACCUGACAGUAUGAUGUGUGCCUACAAUCUUGGAAAAGAUGCUUGCCAGGGAGAUAGUGGAGGACCGUUGUUUUCCACUCAUUCAAGUACGCGUAAUACAAAAUGGUAUCAAAUUGGAAUCGUAUCUUGGGGUAUAGAUUGCGCUUUGCCGGAUUAUCCAGAAUGUGGCAAACCGCAAGACACAUUACUCUCGAUGAGGAUAGUGGGAGGCCGAAGAGUGGAGCCUCAUUCGUAUCCAUGGACUGUAGCGAUAAUAAACAAUGGGCGUAUGCAUUGCGGUGGUGCUUUGAUUUCUACUAAGCAUGUGCUCAGCGCUGGACAUUGUUUUAAAUGGGACAACAUAAUUAAUAUGAUAGUACUUAUUGGUUUGGAUAAUAUAGAUGACUUAUCGAACGUACAAAAGAGAAAUAUAUCUAAAGUCGUCAUACACGAGCAGUUUUCGUCUACGGCGAUGCGAGACGAGAAUGAUAUCGCCAUUGCUACGCUGAAUGAACCUGUUCCUUUUGGUGCUACGAUUGCACCGGUUUGUUUACCCAUCCCAGGCCAAGAAUUCGGUGGUUAUGUUGGCACAAUAGUCGGAUGGGGGCGUGUAGGUGUUGACAAAAUGUCAUCAAAUGUCCUCUUGAAGGCCAGCUUAAAUAUACUUAGUGACAGAGAAUGCUGGUCUUCCAAGUUGUCGCAACAUCUCAAGCCGAUGAUGAUGUGCGCUUACUCUAAAGGAAAGGACGGUUGUCAGGGAGACAGUGGUGGACCCCUCUUAGUAUUUGACAGUAAUGGAAGAUAUGUGCAAGCAGGAAUCGUUUCUUGGGGAAUUGGAUGCGCCGACCCCAGAUAUCCAGGAGUCUACACUAAAGUAAGUCACUUUACUGACUGGAUUCUGCGAAAUACUGCCGAUGGGGAAAAGUGCCAAUAUUAG